AUGGAAGAACCAACAAAAGCCGAUAUUGACGCUAUUUUCAAACGGUUGAAAACGCUACCUGCAAAUAAGGCAUGUUUUGAUUGUGAUGCUAAAAAUCCAACAUGGGCAUCAGUAACUUAUGGCGUAUUCUUGUGUAUUGAUUGUUCAGCAAGACAUCGUGGUCUUGGUGUUCAUUUAUCAUUUAUACGUUCGACUAAUCUUGAUACAACUUGGGGAUGGCUUCAACUUCGAGCCAUGCAAGUUGGUGGCAAUGCAAAUGCAGAUGCAUUCUUUCAACAACAUGCCUGUAAUACUAAAGAUACACAACAAAAAUAUAAUAGCCGUGCUGCACAACUCUACCGAGAAAAACUUCAUCAACUAGCAACAAAAGCAAUGAAACAAUAUGGAACAAAGCUUUUUCUUGAUGAAGGCCAUAAAACUGAACAUAGUCAUUCAGUUAGUGAGAAAAAAGAAGGAGAUUUCUUUCAUGAACAUUCUCAAGCGUCAAGUAAAGCCAUGUGGGAUGAUAAUGUUAUGUCGUCACAAUCAAACAAUCAGAAUUCUGAUAAAACUGAGCAACAAACAGAAGGACCCUCCGUUGAUCAAAAUGCAUUAAAUAAUGAUGGUUCAACAAAAACACUUGAUCCGAAAAAAUCGACGAUUGGUCAACGUCGAGCACCGCAAUCGAAAAAGAAAGGUUUUGGCGCACAAAAGGUAACAACAGAUUUUAAAGAAGUUGAACGUAACGUUCAAGAACUAGAAAAAAUACGUGAACAACAAGUACAUCUUGAAACAAAAACUCGUGAAGAAACCGAGAAGCAACUCGAAAAACAGAUGGCUGGUCUUAAAUUUGUUUAUCAAGAUUUAAGUACCCAACGUGAUGUAGCAGAAGAAAAAAUGAAACUAUCCAAUCCUCAAAAAGCCGAACAAAUGGAACGUCUUGGCAUGGGCUUUGGUAAUCGAAGUGGUGUUAGCCAUAGCGCAAUGACAGAUAUGCAGACAAUUCAACAAGAAGGUGUAACAACAACACGAAAUGUUUCGCUUGCAACGAAGCCUAAAGAUUUUUUUGAUGAUUUCAAUCCAUCGGGCUUUAGUAGUCGAUCAAAGUUACCCAUAGGAGAUUAUGAUCCAUAUGACGAGGACUCUAGAAAAUUGGACGAUGAUCUAUUCAAACCGAAAACUGCAUCGAAAAAUACAGAUACAUUCAGUGCAGAUUGGGAAAUUAUUGAUCGUAAAACUCCAACAAAAGAUUUUGGUUCCAAGGAAACUAAUAAUAACACGUUUUCUUCAAAUUACGGCAGCUCUAAUUCUAAUAGUGGUGGUUACAAUUCAUCGUCAAAAAAAACGACAUCUUACGCUAGUGCAUCGAGUGAUGGCGACGCUCAAAACCGUUUUUCUAAUGCUAAAUCUAUAUCAAGCGAUCAAUUUUUUAAUAAAGAUUCCGACAGUGAUCGUAAUAAUGUAACAUCACGUUUUCAAGGUAAUACAAGUAUUUCAAGUGAGGAGUAUUUUGGUGAUCCAAACAAAAAGUCACAAGAUCAUUCAAAUUAUCAUGGCCCAGAUAUGGCAACUAUGAAAGCAGAUUUCAAAGAAGGUGUUUCCAAAGCAGCCGGGCGAUUAUCAUCAUUAGCUAGUAGUGUUAUGUCCAGCAUACAGGAUCGGUAUUGA